GCAAUGUAUGGUUUACACGAUGAUACGUGCGCUGCAGGUUGAGAGAACCAAACAGCUACAUUAAUAGUGCAUUAUUCUCCAGCCAGUAUACCUGGUAGACUUUUAUGAGACCGCAGUUCGUGCAACUCCGAAGUAUCAAUGAGGCAAACGAGGCAGUCAGGCAUUUGUUCAUGUUGGGAAUGACUCUACUGAAGAAGCUGCCAGAAGAGGAAGCAAAUACAAAAACUGCAGCUUAAGCUUUGAAAAUCCUGAGUUAGUAAGUCCACACUGGCUCAGCUGGCUGCAUCUGACUUGAACUAUCAAGGCAAUCUAACUCUAUUUCUUAAGCAGACAUUAGAGACAAUGGACCUUGGCCGAGACAAAAUAGAACCCUGUUUCAACUCUGCUGCACAUGAGCUGUCGGACUUAGACCUUCUUUUCCAGCAGUUGGAAAGAUACCCGCAACGCUCUCAUGUGACCCUCCAUCGUCCGCUCUAACUAACCUCUCCCAGAUGCACCGACUACGGAGCCACGGGGGCAACGCAAAGUACCUCAAGAAAAUAAAUGAAUUCCUAUCUGCAGUCAAGGGAGUUUCUCAUCACUCCAGACGAGCCAAGAGACGCAUGUGUUGUAAAUUACAGCUUUGGAUGUGGAGAAAGAGGAGGGAGAAAUGUCGUUGUGGGAUAUUCAGAUCAAAGAUAAGAGCUUGUGGGAUCAGCUCUGGGACCUGCCACAGUGUAAAGACACAAUCACAGGAAAAUAAAAGCAUAGUCCCAAUGCACCACACACCAGACCUAGAAAAUUCACCUCUCGGAUGCGAUACAGGAGAGUCAGACACUCUCAGAGGGCAGAAUUCCCUACUGAAGCUUAGUGACUCUGUCAGUCUGUCAGAAACAUUGAUUGCUUCCACUUCCUUGCACCAUCUGGUUAUGGACACAAAUGUUUCUGCGGGUAAUUUAAGUAAAAUCGUGCCCACAGCUAUGGUGCCAUCUCAGAAAACUGAAACUUCUGUACAACUCAGUAAAAUUACAGAGCCUUUAAAACGUUCUCACACUGUCAAACCCCCGUUGAGUACAGACAGCGAUGCAUGUGUGUUACCUGCACAUUUUAAAGAACCAAGGACAAUGAUACCGGUUCAAAAGCUCGAGGUUGACGGCCCAUCAGGACAAUUCACUCCUGUCACUCCAGGUCAGGACCAGGCUACAAACAGAGGCACUGAUGAGAGAAUCAUCAGUAAAAAUACUUCUCAAACUGAUGUCAGCCUACUGAGAAAAGAAAUCCAUGAAUUUCUUGAAGACUUCUACAGGAUGUAUGGAUGUUUCAUCCCGUUACAAAGGAGAGACGUGUUGAGACAUCUGGAGAGGAAGUUUAACACUGAUGUCAGCGACAGGAAAAGUUUCAUCUUCUCAGAAGUUAUCAAAUCCCGAACUUCCAUUAUUGAGAAGACUGUUCCCUCCUUCCAGGUGGUCUACAAGAAACACACACUGACACUGGACGACUUGUCCACACUGGCCAAUCAGAACUGGCUCAACGACCAGGUCAUGAACAUGUAUGGAGAAUUAAUUCUGGAAUCGGCCGAUCACAAGGUCCAUUUUCUCAACAGUUUCUUCCACAGGCAGCUCAUGACUAAAGGAUACGAGGGUGUGAAGAGAUGGACAAAGCAGGUGGAUUUGUUUUCUAAGAGUUUGCUUUUGGUGCCCAUCCACCUGGAGGUUCACUGGUGUCUGGUGACAGCUGACAUUAAAAAAAAGAAGAUCUGCCUUUACGACUCUCAAGGACACGCACUCCAGAAGGUUGCACGGAACAUCCUGAAAUACUUGAUGACCGAAGCAAAGGAGAAGAAGCAGGCAGAUUUUGAAAGCGGUUGGGCAGUGUCAUACAAUGAGAUAACCCCACAGCAGACCAAUGAAAACGACUGUGGAGUUUUUGUCUUGGAGUAUUGUAGAUGCCUUGCUCUGACAAAACCACUGCAGUUUUCACAGAGGCACAUACCAAAGAUACGUAAGAGGAUUUACAAAGAGCUCUGUGACUCUUCUCGUGAGCAGAAGCUCUUCAACAGCCUUCCAGCACUGAGUGCCACGGCUGACCCUCUGAUAGUGUCUUAAAUCAGGUGCGUUGAUCAUGCAACCUCUUUAAAUGAUAACUGUAUUUAUGUGAUCAGAAAUGAAUCAGGAAUGUUUUUGAAGAAGAAUAACGUAAUGUUCCUGUUAGACUUUGGCUGGCUUGGCGUUUACACAUCUAGGGUGCAACAACAGAGCCUUCCCGAAUGGACUGCCUCUCCCAGUGGAUCUCUUCUGGCAGGGUCCUUGUCUGUGUUUCAGUGCGUUGCUUACUUCCUGAUAUCUGCUAAAAUAUCAGAUAAAAACAUUUUUUUUAAAGUGAAGGUGUCCAACUUGAAAUGUGUUGUCAAAAUCAUUGAUUUGAAUGGAAUUAUGUUUAUAAAGUUGUAAUUAAAAGCACAGGGUUUGUAUACAUUUCA